UCUAGUUUCUCCUCUGACAAUUUGUUCUGCUGACUCACUGCAUCCAGUCCAACCUUCUGAGAGAACUCUCCGUCUUUUUCUUAAUUCUCUCCCAUCUCUCGCUUUUAUAUUUGAUCUGGCUCUGCACACACUCGUACGUGUGUGUGUGUGUGUGUGUGUGUGUGUGUUUUUGUACAGCUUAUCAGGCGUGACUGUGUGCGUGUGUUGACUGUGUAACGUGCGUGUAUGUGUGUGUCUGUGUGUGCAUGGGCGUCAGUAUGCCAUGUCGUCCCUGGGCUCGUCGUUUGUGCAGAUAAAGCACGAGGACCUUCGCUUCUAUGAGAACUGCGGCGGAGGCAGCUUUGGCAGUGUCUACAGGGCCCUCUGGAUAUCCCAGGGCAAGGAGGUUGCUGUAAAAAAACUUCUGAAGAUCGAUAAAGAGGCCGAGAUCCUCAGUGUCCUAAGUCACAAGAACAUUAUUCAGUUUUAUGGAGCCGUUUUGGAAUCGCCCAACUAUGGCAUCGUCACAGAAUAUGCGAGUGGGGGUUCUCUGUACGAGUACCUGUCCAGUGAGCAGAGUGAGGAGAUGGACAUGGAGCAGAUCAUGACAUGGGCAAUACAGAUUGCAAAAGGAAUGCAUUACCUCCACGCAGAAGCUCCAGUUAAAGUCAUCCACAGAGACCUCAAGUCACGAAACGUGGUGAUGACAGCAGACAGAGUAUUAAAGAUCUGUGACUUUGGGGCAUCUAAGUUUCUCUCCCAUACCACCCAUAUGACAGUGGUGGGCACCUUUCCGUGGAUGGCCCCUGAAGUUAUCCAAAGUCUACCUGUGUCCGAGACCUGUGACACCUACUCCUACGGCGUGGUGCUUUGGGAGAUGCUUACUCGUGAGGUUCCUUUCAAAGGCUUCGAAGGGCUACAGGUGGCAUGGCUUGUGGUGGAAAAGCAAGAGAGGUUAACCAUCCCCACCAGCUGUCCUGCAAGCUUUGCAGAGUUGAUGAGGAAAUGUUGGCAGGCUGAUUCCAAGGAGCGUCCACAGUUUAAACAGGUGCUGAUGACUCUAGAGACUAUGGCCAAUGACAGCAGGCUACCGGACCAGUGCAAUUCUUUCUUACACAACAAGGACCAGUGGAGGUGUGAGAUUGAGUCGACCCUGGAACGCCUGCGGAAGCUGGAGAGGGAGCUGUACUCCAAGGAGAAGGAGCUGGAGGAGAGAGAGAGGAGGCUCAGACUGUGGGAGGAGAGGCUGAUGGAGAGGUCAAACAUGAGCCCCAGUCCAACCUCCCUGUUGAUGGAGCGUUCAAACAUGACACCCUUCUUCACACCAAUGUCCAUCGGCUCUUCGGGUUCCUUCUUCCGGUCCCACUCCCAAGAGUCCAACAGCGCUGGGGUCAGCAGCGCCGGCGUCAGCUGCCUCCUCCGCACCCUCAGCAAUGGAGACACGGAGCGGGGGAGCAGUGGAGGGUUGGAGCGGGGGAUGGGGUCGCUGGAUGGCGGCAGGCUGCACGCCAUGCUCCGAGGGUUCCAGGGCGGGUUUGGAGACGAGGGUGAGGAAGAGGAGGGAACCCUGGGGGAGCGAGGCUGGGGGAGGAGGGGUGGGGGAGAGGAGGAGGAGGAGGGGGGGAGCGUGGAGGGGGGGAGGGUGCAAGUGACUCUCCGGAGCUUCCCGGGGGGGCUGGUGGAGAGGGAGGAGAGGACGUGGGAGGAGGGGGACAGGGAGAGGGGCAGCGGAGGGAGGCAGAGGAGCAGGGUGACUACCAUUCUCAGAGGCUACUCAGGAGGACUAGGGGAGGCAGAGGCAGAGAGGGAGAAGGAGGGAGGCUGGGAGGUGGAGAGGUUGGGGGAGAGAGGCGUAGAGGGGGGGUUAGAAGGAGGGAGGCUGCAGACCAUGUUCAAGGGUCUGCAGGGUAGUUUAGGAGGCUUUGGGGACAUGCUGUCCCUGGACAUAGAUGAGAUGGGCCAGAUGGAUGGACUGGGUGACAUGGACAUGAACAUGAACAUGGGUGACAUGGGGGUGAUGAAGGUCGUGGGUCACGGGGUCAGAAGCGAGCUGGGAGUCCGAGGUCAUAGAAGCAACGUAGGAGUCGUAGUCCAGGGUGUCAGAGGUGACCUCGGUGAGGCCAUAGGCCAGAAGAUCAGGGGGGAAAUGGGGGUCUUAGGUCACUCAGGGGUGCAGGUGAGCAUGCGAGCCUCGUCCAACCAGAACUCGUCGAAGAGCUGCAGCGUGCGACACGGAACCAAAAUCAACAUGGCUACCGCUGCCAUGGACAUGAUGGAGCUGGGCUGGUCUGAUGAUAGUGACUAGGAUACACACACACACACACCAGCAUACACAAACGCCAAAAUACCAAAAAGAGAUUUUGACCACAUAUCUGAGUUAUGUGCCAAAAUGACUCCAAUUGCAAAGAGCUGGGUUAGACACACACAUUUUUGUUUUUGUUAAACUAUGGAGUUUUUAAUCGAAGCAACAUGUAUACUAGACCCUUAUCUGUACUGUGAAGUAGGAAGGAACACAAAGACUUCUGGUUGUCUUGUCCUGGUGUCGGAGUGACUUCACCUGUGUACUUUAAUGAGCUACUUCAGACUGCUGCGUAACUGAGAGAUGAAGGUGUUACAACACGAAACACUUGAAUGCUGCUCGAGUGGGCAGCGCCUCCCCAUAUUUGUAUUUUUUGCUUUUAGAAUAUCUUGUAGUUUAUUAGAGUUGAUCUGUUCAAAGCGUAAGCUUUGACUUUAUCAAUUCUAACUGCGAUCCAGUGUGUGAUUUUUUUUUUUUUUUGGCAUUUCCUUCUGUAUAUUUUAUCAUUUUUCAAUAAAAAGAAAAGACCA